CCUGUCUCUCCUCCUCAUUCAUUGUAGGAUGUCGGAUUACAUCCGGCGGCUCGUCUCAGGCGACAAGGCACGUUUCAAGGAUGACUCACUGGACCUGGAACUGGACCUGGUUUACCUCACCGAUCGGGUCAUCAUCAUGGGAUACCCGGCCGACGGAUUCGAAAGUCUCUACCGCAACAAAAGGGAUGACGCGAAGCGGUUCUUGGAGCACCGACACGGCAAGAAUUUCUGGGUCUUCAACUUCUGCCCUUUACGGGAAAACUCGUAUCCCGCAAGCUUCUUCGAUGGGCGCGUCAGUCGAUACCCGUUCCCCGACCAUCACGCUCCACCUCUCGCGCUGUUACCUCUGGCUGCUCGGGAAAUGACAGAAUGGCUGGACGGGGCGCCUGAAAGAGUCAUAGUUCUGCAUUGCAAAGCGGGAAAAGGCCGAUCAGGAACCCUCGCGUGCACAUAUCUCCUCGCCCAAGACAUGAGGCCCGAUCGGCCUCAGUCGGGACUGAACAGAUCCGAUGUCGCAAGCAGAGAUGAAUGGGCAAAGCUGAAGACUAGCGAAGUCAUCGAAGCCAUCGAACAGGACAGGGAACCCGUCGUGAUCUCACCGUCUUCGCCCUCAUCCUCUAUUCACUCAGUUCCUCAAAACACCAGCGAAUCUCCUCAAGCAUUCCCUGAUGCGCUUCAUCGCGUCCUUGACUUACACACGGCGCGGCGCAUGAAGGCGCCACAGCAGGAUUCGAAUGGAAAACAGCUCAAGAAGGGGAAACAAGGCGUCAGCAUCCCCAGUCAGCGGCGUUGGCUCUACUACUGGGCGCGUCUGCUCAGCGGGCAAUCGCCAAAUGGGUUCUGGAGUUUGCCUUCCUCCAUCUCAGCCUCAUCGCCUCCCCGACGUUCUCACGUCCGCAUCAACCACAUCACGGUGCGCAUGUAUGAGCCGACGAGUCUCCGGCUCCGGAUAGCCCGAACUGCGUCCGCUUUUAUGGAACGUACGGCGAAGGGCAAAGCAAGAGCAGCACACGAGGAGACUACAGGCCCGGUGUGGAUCUCUUUAGCCCGAUACGAUGACCAGUUCGUCGAUCUGCUCGAACGGUGGGAAGCCCAUACUCGCGACUCUCGCUUUCUGGCCUGCAGGCGUCCAAACACAAGCUCCCUCGACGGCGAGUCUCUACGAGAAGUAUUCGACGAUCGGGGACGAUGGGACAAAGGAAAGAUGGUGCGGAGCUUCGCCAGGCUCGGAAGCGCGCAAGACUCGGUCACCAAAACCGACACACCGGAGGGCAAAGUGAUGCAAUAUACAUUACGCCCCUUGUCGGAUACUGCCUGGGUCGACGUCCGCGCCGCCAUCGCUGAGUCGGCCGUGGACGUCCCCGCGGACGGGCCCGACAUUCCCGGCUCGGAGUUUAGCUCCAUCCCUAGCGACAGUCCGCAGCCACCGUCCUCCGAAGGUGUAGUGGUCGACGCUGACCGCGAGAUCCGGGUGAAAGUCUACCUGGGCCAAAUCUUUCUGUGCUGGAUCUGGCUGAUCCCUUCGUUCCACCUCCCACCGCCCUCCGAGCUGCCGGGUAGCACGAAGCUCAAGCUAACGCGCAAAGAAACAGAUUUCCCGAUUGGGUUGGGCAGUACCCUCAUCGACGUUGAAAUCGACAUGGAGUGGGUCGAGAAUGGCGUUGUUAAAGCAACGGAUUCGGGCGAAGAUAGCGACGGGAACAAGGGUCUCACUCUCGCUACUGCGCUCGUUGGGAACGACAUCCAAUCAACUGUGCACAUGGGACAAGCAACAGACUCGUAGACAAUUCACGUUGGUUGGUCAUACAUGGUUAGAUAGAUCCUUUAAGUUA